AUGGAAAGCACUUUCAAAUUUUCCACCGAUCUUGUUAUCAACAACAUGAUGGAGAAGCAACUUGACAACUUCCGCAUGGCCUCGAUAGGCUGCACAGUGAAGAUCAUUUCCAAGCCUGCCGCACUCUCGAACGUUGUCGAUCCAGACCUUAGCUCCCAAAGAUGGCUCGCCAUCAUCAAAGAGAAACUCGUGUACGUCUUGGAUAAGAGAGAAGUCCUUGCUUAG